AUGCUAUCAGAGGAGGGUAUUUUCAUAGGUGCUAAUAAGCAAACUCAAGUUUCUGACUACAAUGAACGCAAACAAAUUGUUGCGUUCGGUGCAGGAAAGAACAUUGCCUUGUGGAAACCUAUGGAUCCUUCGAAUUUGGGUGUGUAUAGAACAUUGAAAGGACAUGUAGCAGAAGUCACAUGUAUCAGGUUUGUAACUGGCACUGACCUAAUGAUUUCUGCUUCAGAGGAUUUUGAAGUAAGAGUUUGGAAAUUCGUCAAUAUUGAUGGUGUUGAGACGGCAGAUUGUAUUCAAGUUCUUCAUCAUCAUAGCCACACAAUCACUACUGUUACUGUUCUAAACAACUUAUUGGUUGUUGGUUGUGCAGAUGGAUCUACUUCUGUUUGGUCUUUCAUUUCUGACCAAUAUGUGUUGCAACAAGAAGUUUCUCUAGGUUUUGGUGUGUUCCCACUUUGUCUGGCCUUACAUAUGGUCCAAGAGAACCACUACAUUUUGGCAGUUGGUGGAACAAGUCCUAAUAUUUUCAUUUACACUAUUGUAACAAACUCUUUGGAAGUUACUUCAAUCCAAUUUGCGACAAAGUUAGAAGGCCAUGAAGAUUGGAUAAAGAGUUUAGUGUUCCGGGAAGCGGCCCCUGGUGAUUAUUUGUUGGCAUCGGGAUCUCAAGAUCGCUAUAUUAGACUUUGGAGACUAAAAAUCAGUGAUAAAGCUGACUCAGAGGUUAAAGAGAAGAAUAAAUUAACCUUGUUAACUAAUAAGGUUUACAAGUUCAGUAUUUCUCCAGUCGUACAUGUUUCCAUUAACUUUGAAGCUUUGAUCAUGGGACAUGAUGACUGGAUUUCCUCAUUACAAUGGCAUAAGACUAAAUUACAACUUCUCACAUCUACAGCUGAUACUGCAGUAAUGGUGUGGGAGCCAGAUAAUGUUUCCGGAAUUUGGAUAUGUUCAGCCAGACUUGGUGAACUCUCCUCUAAAGGUGCCUCGACAGCAACUGGUUCAUCUGGUGGCUUUUGGUCAUGUCUGUGGUUUACUCAUAAUGAAAAAGAUUUUAUUUUAACUAACGGUAAGACUGGAGCGUGGAGAAUUUGGACUUCAACUGACGGCAUGAUGUGGAACCAAGAAUUAGGUAUAACAGGUCCAACUAAAUCUGUGACUGAUGUAUCAUGGUCCCUUAAUGGGGAAUACCUUUUAUCCACAUCUUUGGAUCAAACCACUAGACUCUAUUCGGAAUGGAUAUACGAUGCUGAUGGUAACAGAAGAACCAAGCCAUCUUGGUGUGAAAUGUCUAGACCUCAAAUUCAUGGUUAUGAUAUGAUUUGUGUGGAACCAAUAUCCAACACUAGAUUUGUUAGUGGUGGUGACGAAAAAAUCUUAAGAUCUUUUGAUGAGCCUAAAGCCGUUGCACUUUUGUUAAACAAGUUCAGUGGUGUUAGCAUUGAGGAAGAGUCGCACCUUCCAGAUUCUGCAGCCUUGCCUGCGUUAGGGCUUUCCAAUAAGGCAACAAAUGAUGUGGACGAGAAUGAAUCAGAUGAAGACCCAGAUGCAAGGGAGACGGCAGAAACGAAAAAUAUAUCCUAUGACUUGAUCAAGGAACUUCAAACACCGCCAUUAGAAGAUCAAUUACAAAGACACACUUUAUGGCCAGAAAUUGAGAAAUUAUAUGGUCAUGGUUACGAAAUUUCAUGUCUUGAUGUUUCAGAAGAUAAAAAGCUCAUUGCAACUGCGUGUAAGUCUAACAAUGCACAACAUGCUGUCAUUAGGCUCUUUGAUGCAGAGACAUGGAAUCAAAUUCCCGAAGUCCUUUCCUUCCACAAUUUGACAAUCACUGGACUAAGAUUCUCCAAAGACAAUCGCUACCUCUUGAGUGUCAGUAGAGAUAGACUAUGGGCCUUAUGGCAAAGAAAUUUUGAAAAUAACACAUUUAAACUUGUAUGUUCCAAGGAGAAGCCUCAUGCUAGAAUUAUUUGGGAUGCUGAUUGGUUCCCAUUGUCAGUCGGUCUAGCUUUUGUUACAGCUUCUAGAGACAAAACAUUGAAGCUUUGGAGGAUCGUUGACAAAGAAGGUAAAGAAGAAGUGGAACUGGAAAAUACCAUCAAAUUCAACGAGCCUGUAACCGCAGUAUCUGUACACAAAGAACUUUUCGAUGAUAGGGUUAUAAUAGCUGUCGGAUUUGAGAGCGGUUCCAUAGAAAUCUUAGCAUACAAUAAUGGUUUUACUCAACUCCAACCAGUAGAUUCGAAAGUAACACCUGCAGAUAAAAUAAACCGUUUGAGAUGGAGUAGUUUGACAAGGGAAGGGAAACUACUCUUGGGUGUCGCUAGUGCAGACACAUCGGUACGUAUAUAUUCUGUGAAUAAUGGUCUACUUCGUUGA